CCCACCAUCACCCUGAGAACACCCCCGCCGAUCCUCCACCACGCCUCGACUGAUGCCCGCGAAGCUGUCGGAGGCAUUGCCACAAUGCUGAACAACGGAUUGCGCGCAGCUGCGCCCGUGGCCAGCCAGCCGCGGGCCAGCGCGAUCCGGCCGUGUCGGCGACGGCGAUGGAUGAGCACAGCAACGAAGAAACCUCGAACAGCCCUAUUCUUCCCAGGCCAAGGCGUCCAACGCAUCGGCAUGGUCACGCCCUGGCUCGCCGCCUUCCCGCGCACCGUCGCGCCUAUCCUCGACGAAAUCGACAGCACCCUCGGCGUGCCCCUCUCGCGCAUCAUCGCAGACGGGCCCAACGCAGCCCUCACCGCGACCGAGAACGCGCAGCCCGCCAUCAUGGCCACAUCCAUCCUGAUCCUGCGCGUGCUGGAGCGCGAGUUCGGCUUCCACACCCCGGCCCGCGUCGACGUCACGCUGGGCCACUCGCUCGGCGAGUUCGCGGCGCUAGUUGCCGGCGGCUACCUCACCUUCCACGACGCGCUGAAGAUGGUGCGGCGGCGCGCCGAGGUCAUGGCGCGGUGCAGCGCGGACGCGAGCGCGAGCGAGGGCGGCGAGUUCGGCAUGGUGGCGCUGGUGUGCGAGAGCGAGGCGCACAUGCGGGACCUCAUCAAGGGGAUCUACGAGUUCUUGGGGCUGUCGAGCGCGGGGUCGAAGUCGGAUUCGGCGAAUGACUUGCCGGCGGUCGAGCAGGUGUCGAUUGCGAAUAUCAAUUCGAAGAAUCAGAUUGUGCUAAGUGGGAGUAUUGAGCGGAUUAAUACGCUCAUGACGAAUUUGAGGCAGUUUGGGGGUCACGAUCCGAGGCAUGUGAGGUUGAAGAGUGAUAGCCCGUUUCAUAGCCCGCUGAUGAAGCCGGCCGAGGAGAUGAUGAAGAAGUUGCUGUAUGAGCCGACGGAGGAGGGGAAGGAUAUCAUCACGUGGCCGGGGACUGUGCCGUGCAUUUCGAAUGUUUCGGCCAGGCCGUUCAAGUCGGAGGAUCAGCUCAAGGAUUUGCUGGCAAGAGGAUGCGUGGACACUGUCAGAUGGUGGAAUUCUGUCAGGUAUCUAGAUCAAGAAGAGAAGGUCAGGAGAUGGGUGGGGAUCGGCCCAGGCAAAGUUGGCAGGAACUUGGUGGGCAAAGAGGUGGGAAUGAAGGGUGCUGUCAAAGGCGGAGGAGUCUGGGGCAUCACAUCGCCAAAGGAAGCGGAAGAGGUCAUGCGAGCACUGGACGACACAGAGCACAUAGACGAGGAGGAAGAGGAAUGAUUCCAAACUGCCAACAGACGGUCAAUUUUUUACAGCUAGGAACGCGCCGAGAAUGGGCUCAAUCGCCAUAUCUCGGGACCUCUAUAGAGACGAGAUGACCAAUCCGGCAUCUACAAAAAUCAGCAACCACACGAAGAGAAAAGAGAGACCAGAGCACCCACCAACUUGGAUCUUCUGGCCUGUCAUGGACGAAUUCUUGGCCAGCAUUACAAACGCAUUCGCGCAGUCUACCAGAUCCGUAGCCAUUUUCAACGCCGCCCGGUCCUCGAUCGCUUUGAUCAUUUCGGGCGAGUAUUGGAGACCCUGGGGCUGUGAGCGAUUACCCCAGUUUUGGAACGAAUAAGAGGAAGGACGCACCCAUUCCGUCAGCAAUAACCCAGGCAGCACAGCAUUCACCCGCACUUUCGGUCCCUGCGUGCUCGCUAGGCAUUUCAUAAGAUGCAGCUGCGCGGCUUUGGUCACAGCAUAUGCCAUUGAGGAACCG